GGCAGAUGAUACGAGCUCGUUCUCUGUCCCAUCCGGGUGAGUGAUGUGGAGGAGGCUGCUGCUGAAGGGCACCUCCUGCCUCCUGCAGGCCGUGGACCCGAGGCUCCUGCACCCGAAGCUCCUGCACCCGAAGCUCCUGCACCACAGACCUGUCUCCUCCCUGUGUCUGAGGCUGCCCCCCCACAGGCUCCUCCUGGCCCACGGUGGCACCAGGACCUACAAGAAGGAUGCCAAGUCUCCCGUGGAGCUCCCAGCGACCCCCAUCACCGUCACUGAGAUCAAACAGUACUUCCGCUCCAAGGACCUCCCCUUCCACGACGGCUACAGCUGCCUCCACCUCCCGAGCAUCUUCGUGGAGCCGGCGGCGAGGAGGGACGCCUUCUCCCUGUUCGUGGACAAAACCACGGGUCAGUUCCUGUGCAUGGACACGCUGGUGGAGGGCAGCUGGGAGGAUCUCCAGGACUGUCUGGAGGUGAUGCAGAAGGAGGAGCAGGACGUCCUCAGCCCCCAUGUGCUGCUGGGGUACCCGGACAGCGUGGAGGAGCAGGAGGAGCGGGACCGGGAGCUGAGGGAGGUGCAGAGGAUCUGGUCCAGCUCCGUGCCGCUCACCGACGUGCCGGAGGACGAAGCUCUGCUGAUCAAAACCAUGUUCCAGAUCACAAAGGUUUCCAACGCAACCCUGAAGAAGUUUGGUGUGCGGCUGUUCAAACCCACCAAGAGUCUGGUGUUCCCGUGGUUCGGCGGACCCGACCUCUCUCUGAAGGGAGUGAAGCUCCUCUCGGCCCAAAGCAGCGACACCGACCGGGUCACGUACAACGAAGCCACCGUCCCAAAGUGCAGCUCUUACUACAACCUGUUCGGCCUCCCCCUGGUGGGCCGCAUGGACUCGGAGGUGGUGCUGACGGGCCACGAGCUGGACACGCUGGCUGUGAGUCAGGCCACGGGUCUCCCCAGCGUCGCUCUCCCACGCGGAGUCAGCUGCCUCCCUCCCAUCCUGCUGCCGUACCUGGAGCAGUUCAAGCGGGUGACGCUGUGGCUGGGAGGCGACAUCCGCUCCUGGGAGGCGUCCAAGAUCUUCUCCCGGAAGCUGGGUCUGAGGCGCUGCUCCCUGGUGCGCCCGGGGGAGUACCGGCCAUGUCCUGUGGAGGCGCUGGCUCAGGGGAAGAACUUAAACCACAUCGUGAAAGCCUCCAUUCCAGCAGCUCACAAGUCCAUAGUGUCCUUCAAGCAGCUCCGAGAGGACGUGUACGGGGAGCUGCUGAACACGGAGCAGGUGGCCGGGGUGAAGUGGACCAGGUUCCUGGAGCUCAACCGGAUCCUGAAGGGUCAUCGCAAGGGGGAGCUGACGGUUUUCACAGGUCCUACUGGCAGUGGGAAGACCACCUUCAUCAGUGAGCUGGCUCUGGACCUCUGCAUGCAGGGCGUCAACACGUUAUGGGGAAGCUUCGAGAUCAACAACGUGCGUCUGGCUAAGAUCAUGCUCACACAGUUCGCCCUGCAGAGGCUGGAGGAGAACCUGGAGCAGUACGACUUCUGGGCGGACAAGUUCGAAGACCUGCCGCUCUACUUCAUGACGUUUCACGGGCAGCAGAACAUCAAGGCGGUGCUGGACACGAUGCAACAUGCUGUUUACCUCUAUGACAUCAACCACGUCAUCAUCGACAACCUGCAGUUCAUGAUGGGACAGGAGAACCUCUCCGUAGACAAGUUCGCAGUUCAGGACCACAUCAUCGGGGCGUUUAGGAAGUUCGCCACCAACAGCAGCUGCCACGUGACUCUGAUCAUCCACCCGAGGAAGGAGGAGGACGAUCGGGAGCUGCAGACGGCUUCGAUCUUUGGUUCUGCUAAGGCCAGCCAGGAAGCCGACAACGUCCUCAUCCUGCAGGAGAAGAAGCUGGUGACGUGUCCGGGCCGCCGGUCCCUGCAGGUCACCAAGAACCGCUUCGACGGGGAUGUGGGCAUCUUCCCUCUGGACUUCCUCAAGUCCUCGCUCACCUUCUCGGCUCCGGUUAAAAGCAAACACAAACUGAGGAAGGUCGCCUCCAAGCCGGAGAACGAGGAAGAGGAGGAGGAGGGCGAGGCGGCGAUGAAGAAGAGCCAGGGGAAAAAGGAGAAGGCAGAGAAAGCAAACAAAACAACAAAGACUCCGAAACCUGCAACUGGAAAAUAAACAAACCAGAACUCAUCCAUAUAUAUAUAUAUAUAUAAAACCCUAAGCAUUCAUAUUUCAUGAAAGCCGAAAAGUUGCCAUCAUGUAUUUUACAUAGAAGAUGUCAGACAGUUUUAUGUCCGUCACAAAGUGUUGAACAUGUUCAGUCUGGAAAGUUUUUAGUUCUGGAUAAUAAGACGAGUUGAAGCCUUUUCUAAAAGUGUUAAAGUUCUUCUGUUUCAAAUUAUACUGUGACCCAAAGCUACUGAUUUCAUGGUUGAACACUGUCGUAUAUCACGAUGAUAUCAGCAUUUACAGAGAACCAAUUAUGAUUUAUUGAACC